UUUUUGUUUUUUUUUUGUUUUUCGUCCUAUGUUGUCCUCGUCGACGCACACGUUUUGGUUGCUCCUUUUCCAACUUUUCACCACAAAAAUAGUAUUUUGCACAAUAGUUGGGCAUACAAGGCUCCAAGAUCUCGUGGGUAACGAUGUAAUUUUUAAGUGGAACACGACAGACGGCAGGGAAAUUCUUUCAGCUGUGUGGGGGUUAGGCAAUGGUCAAAUGGCUGAUCCCCAGUUUAUCAAUGUGAAUACGAAAACUGGGAAAACAAUUUCUCCCUCAUUGCCCAAGCCAUACACUGGUAGAGUAGAUUUCGUUGGUAACCUAAGCCAAGGUCAUGCUUGGUUUGUGAUCAAAAACCUGACAAGUAAUGAUACCGCUGAGUACAUUGCAAGGAUAAGUGAUGGUGAUGUCUCGGAACUACAUUCAUAUUCUGUUGAAUUGUCAGUGAAAGAUGGGUCAGGUUAGUAUUGUUGGAAAUAUCAGACAAUCGACUUAUAUUGUCGACUUAUAUUGUCGUUCACGUGGGAUAACCGCGGUUUAAGGCGUUUUGGGAUUCCUUUGUUAAAAGCCAUGCCAGGUUUCUGAGUAAGAUUCGACUAGUUGAUAUACUUUGCCGCAAUAGCUGCAAGUUUUAAUUCAUACUUUCGUAUAUCUAUCAAAAAGAAAUAUAUGUGCACUUCCAGAUUAGGGAAAGCUUACCAAAUAUGGACAUAGAUCUGAUCAUGCGCUUUACAAGUGUUAGAUAUUGAAGGGUUACCCUAUCCGUAGUAUAUGUAGGAUACACCGCAUGGGGUCCGUAGGAAUCCUACCAAAUCUAGCCAAUGAACUACUCUGUUUGGUUUACGUCAUAAUCUUACUUCAUAAUCUGUUAUUGACAUACCAAACUCAGCGUUGUUCACGUGUAGUACUAAAGCGAAAUGUCAAAAGCCAAGAAAAAAAGCAAUUUUAAAGGACGUAGUCCUAAUGUC